UUUAUUUCAUUAUUCACUCCAGGAAGUUUACGUUUAGCUGUCAAUAGCAGGGUGAAUUUGUUCGUUUGCAAGAUAGCUAUAUUGCAAACACAUGUUUGCAACUUAUUUAAAGCUGAUCAUAAAUAUCAGAUAUGAUAUAACGUGUCUAAGAUGGCAAUCAUACAUAUCUUUUUAAACAGAAACAAUACAAAGUUGACAGAGAGUUGGCUAUCCUAGUUAAGUCUCCAAAUGACCACAGACAGGUUUUAGGUUCAACGCCCGGCUGCUGUGUAUAACUAAAUAACUAACUAUGGGCAACACGGAAAGUGUUGUCGUACAGAAACGGCUGGCCCGUUUCCGUCCUGAAGAACGGCCCUUGAUCGAGGGGGUGUUUGAACGGCUUCAAGGUGAUGGAGGCUCAGGAAAGGUUUUAACACUGGAGAGCUUCAAGUCCUCCAUGGAUACUCUAGCCUCAGACUCCAUGAUAAAGAGGGUAUAUCGGGCUGCAUGUUGUGUUGAGUCUGGAGCUGGAACAGCAACAGUGACAGGCUCGGGGAAGGCCAUCACUGCAGCCACGUCUGGCGUGAGCCGUGAACAACUCGUCGUCUUCCUAGCUGACCUUCUGCGUGGUACCGCAGAAGAACGCGCACCCCUUGUACUGGCCAUGUCGCAGGAGGGGGCAGGGAACUCAGAGGUGGUCACACGCGAACAGGUGUCGCAGUUCCUCCAGGACGUCCUUUCUUCUGUGGUGAAGAUCCUGGUCAGUCGGGAGCGCCUGCGGGGCUGGAAGCUGGACAGGAUGGGGGAUGUGUCUAUGGGGGUCAAGCUGCUGGCUGAGCAGAUGUGCUCAGAGCUGAAGGCCUCAGAGCGGGGUACCUGUGACGUGUGCAGCCUGGAGGACUGGGUGUUCCGCGUGUCCCAGGUAGCGGCCUACCUGGAGCUGCUGGUGAGCGAGGGCCUGGCCGUGGUGCUCCCCAACCGGCCACCACUCACCCUGCUGCCCGCCUGCUUGGAGGCCCCCUGGUCCAAGCUCAAGUGUCUGCUGGACCUGCCCACCCUCAUGUUCCUGGCUCCGCAGUUGCCAGAUAGCUACAGCGCCCCCUGGAGGCUCCUGUUCACCACACAGCUGCACGGAGAGAGCUUCUCCAGGAUGGUGGCGGGCCUGUCCAAACGGGGCCCCACCCUGCUGCUCAUCAGGGACACCCGGGGCCACGUGUUCGGGGCGUUCGCCUCCCAUGCCUGGGAGGUGAAACCACAGUUCCAGGGUCAGCCCCAUGGAUCAUGGCGCAUAGCGUUGGAAAAAAUUGUGCAUAGCCAAGUGCACAGAAGUUGGUUUUGUGGUGACUCUAGAUGCUUCCUCUUCUCGGUGUACCCGAGGCUGCGUGUGUACACCGCUACAGGAUACAAUCAGCACUUCAUGUACCUCAACCAGAACCAGCAGACCAUGCCCAAUGGACUGGGAAUGGGCGGGCAGCAUGGCUACUUUGGCUUGUGGCUGGACAGCGACUUUGGCCGUGGUCACAGCCGUGCGCGUCCCAAGUGCACCACCUACGGCAGCCCCCAGCUGUCGGCGGACGAGGAAUUCACCCUGGACUACGCGGAGGUGUGGGCUGUGGGCAAACCACCCGCACCGGAGGAGGGCGAGGAGGGGCGGGGCAAGAGAAGCGUCCUGGACAUGGACCCGGAGGUCCAGGCCAUGAUGGAGAUGGCAGGGAAGACGCUCCACAGCCAGGGCCUCAGAGAACCAGAAGAGGACGAGGACUAGCCCCCACAAGGAGAACCUCCAGAGAACCAGCCGGACCUGGACUGAGACCAUCAGAGAACCAGCCGGACCUGGACUGAGACCAUCAGAGAACCAGCCGGACCUGGACUGAGACCAUCAGAGAACCAGCCGGACCUGGACUGAGAUCAUCAGAGAACCAGCCGGACCUGGAUCAUCCCAAAGGACAAACCUCUCGCAUUCCUCCAGGGGCCAUUUGAAAAGAGGAAACCGGCAGCGUUCAGUUGUUAAAGGGCCCCUCUUUUCCAAAUGCAUCCACUGGUGAUGACCCGAGUGGGAUAGCUUGGAACAAUCUGCCUCACACCUGGUGGUAAUUCUGUGUGUACACUGGCGUCACACAGAAUUAAAAGCAUCUGCUCUUGUUGAAAUAUUCAACCGUUUUAAAUUGGUAUUGCUGCAAAGAAACUUUUUCUUUAUUUUGUUUUAAACUUUGGUUGUGUUGUUGGAAGGGUUUAUAGAAGCUACAGCCGCUGAGCUACAGAAGCACCAGCGGCAUUAAGGUCCACCAUACCACCUCUAAGACACACACACGCACACGCACGCACGCGCACGCGCACGCGCACAAUAGAAAUGUAGAGUGUAAAGAAGGAUCCAGGCAGGGAAUUUAUUCCAGGUGUAUGGAAGAUUUAAAUUGCACUUUUGAAUCCAAAUGUAGCCGUAUUUAGACUUGUAAAUGUAUUUUAUGAGACUACCAAUAAGUGUUUACAUUCAUAGAUACAAAGAUUAAACCCAAUACUAUCAGAACAACACUAGACCAUAACGUUCUCAUGUUUCUUUCUGGAUUCAUAAAAGGCUCCUCCCUUUGUUCGCCCCUCCGAGUUAUGAAAACAUGGCUGCAAUAGAUAUCCACCAUUGCAGAUUAUUUGUGGCAUAAUAGAUGUCUCUUCACAAAGCCAGAGUGUCAUUGUUUAGAUUCUACAGAGGGAUUGUGCGAGUUCAACCUCCGAGCUCUAUUGCAGCAAAGCUGGGAUGUAAGCGUGUAUUUCAUUAGUUCUUGCACCAAGCGGGGUUGCUUCACCAACCCUAAAUGUGGCACUGAACUUGAUCGAAGGCAGAACGUUGAAGGAAGUAUUUUUGUCUCAACUGUGGAAGCUUGGGUAGAGAAUUUAUUUCUAGGGGAUAUUUUUUUUCCUCCCACUAGCUUUUCCAGCUUCAAUUAAAAUCUGAACACGUAAAAUAACAAAACACAAAUACACAAUUUUAACUGGUUUUAAAAUGGCCCUGUGUUAUGCAGUGAAGUUUGAUGUUUAUUCCAAUAAAGUUGCAUCCAAAUAGGUCAAAAUUCAA